CAACAACACAGUCGGAAUGAAACACGUGGGAAUUAUUGGGAAUCCAGAUUUUAUCCCGGGCCAUCGCAUUUGCAAAUAUUUGCAAUGUUGAAGUUGUUCUUUUGUGGUUUAAUUAUAAUAUAUACUUAAUUGCUCCUUACUUAAAUAAAAUUAACUAUUAGCGUCAUGAGUUGCAUUGUUAUUAUAUUUAUACAUUGACUUCAACUGUUCCAAUUUGAGACAUUUGCAACAAACUAAAUAUUAGCUGUACACAGCAAAAACUACUUAAUUAAUAUAGUAAAUCAUGAAUCGAACCAAGAUCAAGGUUGCGAAAGCAUUUUUAAAGUCCCAAUUACCUUUGUCAGACAUUGUAAUUAACGAUAGUAGCUCAUUAAUUAGUUGGAGGCUUCAACGGGUCAACCCUCGUCGUUGCAUGAGUGGCUCACCUAUUCAAAGACCAUUUCAAAACUUUGAUGCAACUAGUCAGUCUUGGUGUCCUUGCAAAAUAUCUGUCCCACAAGUAGUGCAACGUUUUUCACAAACUCACAACAGUAAUUAUUUAACCUCUCAUCAGAGGAAAGCUGAUGGCCAACUAACGGAAGAGGAACAGAGAGUAUUGGACGAGUUGGAACGAGAGGAAGCACUAUAUAAAAAUCGAACAGUCAAUCAUCAAGAGCAGGUCAUAGAUGAUGACCUCUACGGCAAGGAUGAGGAAGAUGCGUCCUUGAAGCUCCAAGAGUCCAUUUCCGAGGCCUACGUUCCAUUUGAGAAUCAACAAAGGAUUAUUCAGGACGUGAUUGAUGAGAUAUGGAAUCCACAAACGGUGGAUAAUACCCACGUCGUAUACCAACCCUCACCCGAGUUCUUGAAGAGAGGCAAAACCGGAGUGUUUGAUAUGCCCGAAUUGGUGGACCUCUUACGAAAAGAAAAGUGCGUUGAAGUGGUAACCAUUACGAUACCCAAAGAGGUCGACUAUGCUGACCACAUGAUCAUUGUGACCUGCAGAAGCCCUCAACAUCUUCUCGCGAUGGCCACCUACGUCCGGAAGAGGUUUAAAAUGAAAAAUCUCAAGCAGACGGACCUCAUUCCUCACAUUGUGACUCAAAAUGGCGUGCAAGGAUGGAUUGCACUGGACUUGGGAAAUAUAGUCCUUCAUCUGUUUCUACAAGCCCAGCGUGACCACUUCGACUUGGAAAUGUUAUGGACUGUUGGUCCAAUGUUUGAUGACCUUUACAAUACCAGAGAUCCAGAUAUUAUACAGUUACUCAACAUGAUUAAAUAGUAAGACUAUAAUAUGGACCAUCCCACUUGUCAGUUUAGGUUUUAGCAGUUUGUACUUUGUAGCAUUAAACUAAUAGACAAUAAGGACCAGAAAAUAAAUAUGAAAUUAACAACAUA